AUGGUGAUGAAAAAAAAUCCUAUCCAUUAUUACGAAGAUGGAGAUGUCGUCCUUCAAGCCGAGGGUACUCAUUUUCUAGUACACAAACCUUUCCUUUCACUCGCCUCGCAAUUUUUUAAAGACUUAUUUGCUCAAUCAAAACCUAAUUCAAAUGAGACGGUUAAAAAUACAAACGCUAAUGAAAGUGAAGCCUCAAUUCUUGUUCUCGAGAUUAUGGAAGAGAAUGCCAAUUCAAUUCAAGAUAUGCUGUCAUUUAUUUAUCCAAACGUCAUAUUGGAUAUCAAUUGGGAAAAUGUUGAGAAUUUGUUUCGAAUAGCUAAUAAAUUCAAAAUUAAAAAGCUUACAAAUUCUUGUGACUUAUUUCUUCAAAACAACUUGAUUGAGAAUAUUCUUACCACUUUUAAACUUGCGGAACUAUAUCGCUUACCAAUCCCUUUUAAAGAAGCGUCAAAGCUUAUUUUAAAUGAUUUUCUCAAAUAUGAAUGUGAUAGCGAAUACAUUCAAAUUCCAAAAAGAGCACGAGAUAGGUUGGGUUAUAGUCGUUUUGUCUAUCAUACUUUCUUGGAUAAACUUUCUUGGCGAUUGGGUAGUAAGGGAUAUAAUAAGAUUCAAACGGUGUGCGUUUAUCCUACACGAAAACCAUCAUUUGUAUAUAAUGAGUUAAAUUCUUUUAACAUCAAUUUUAGUGAUAAAGAAGCUGAAAAUAAAGCUUUUUAUAAAAGUUUUAAAGAAUAUCUUAUGAAAUUUGAGAGGUCAAAUAAAAGAGAAUUGGAUAUGAAUUUCUAUUCUUUUGUUGAGUUAGAAGAUGAGUAG